CUUGCUGUCAUUGCUUACUUUUCUAUUGAGGGAGUAUGGCUUACUAUCUGUACAUGUCUUUGCUAUAUGCAACACGGUAGUGUGCUCCCGUAGUAUGUGCGCAUGCUCGUUAAAUGAUGCCAGUCAUGUAAUUUGAGGUCUUCUGCCCUCGUUGAUCAGUCCGUGGUUUUGGUUUUUGCGAGUUAUGUUGCCUUCGUCCUAAAUGCUUCAUAAAGUCGUACGUGGGUUUUUGGGCCCUCCUGCGUCUUCGACCUACUCACGCCAGGAGACCUGCGAUACCGACUGCCACAGCAGCAACGAUAACCUUCCUCGAGUCGACUACGAGAGUCGGCGCCGCGCCUACUACCAUAUAGAUUGUCUGCGUUUGCCCAGUCUUGCCCGUCAACGUUCCCAUGCCGAUCGAUCCUACACCCGGCAGUGGAGCUUGCGACAUAGCUUCGAAGUGAAAAGUAUAGGUCUUCGGCACCCAAGUACGAAUUGUACCAAUGUGCGUCUCGACCCAUUGGACGGUCCCAAAGUCGUCACCGGUGACAAGUCGAGGGAGAGGGAUCGUAGUCGUUGCAGGAAGAGGGGGCGCAGAAACCGCGGCUGGAGCCGGGGGGGCAGCUUGAUUGGCCGGUGGUAUGGCUGCAGCCGGUACAGCUGGUGCAGGAGCUGGCGGCGCGACGGCUGGAGGGAGUGCUGCAGGUGCAGCCGGCACUACAAUCUCAAGUGGAGGUGCUGCAACAGGCGCGAAGCCUGGUGCCUGACGAAGUCUAGCAAGAACGUCAAUUUAGGCUAUCUGAUCUCGGUAUGAGCCUGGGUCUAACAACUCACUCGA